AUGCGAUCGGACGCCCUGAAACCGUCUCUCGAGGACCGGCGAAGAGGCGAGCUAGCGCUCAGCGAGUUUGCGGAAUACGCGGACAAGCAACAGUCACUUCGCGCCACCCAAACGGCACCUCUAGACAACGGUACCAGCGACAAGCCUGCCGAGAAUGAGGAUCACGCCGAAUUGGAGAUACUUGACCAGCUUGGCUUAUCCGAUGACCCGAAGACAGUCAAGUUGAAGGAACUUUUCCUUAGCCCGGACGAUAAGUCCGACGAUAACAUCAAGGUCCUUGCUGAGAUCUUGCAGAACCGCAUUGAUGAAGGCCAUGGGGAGACCAUUUUCGACCUCGGAGUUGAAGAUGGCGGAGAGUCUAUGUCACUCACUCUUGACCAGUGGAAUUCAGCGCUACAACGACUGCGAGAAGCGGCAACAACCCUUGCUGCAUACUGCCGUAUCAUUCUAACCUACAACGUUGGCGGACCCGAAGAGACGCGUACUGCGAACGACCGAAUAAAGGGUGCAUGCGGCAAGGUGCUCAUUCGACAGCCCGCGCAAACGCUAGAGGAAAUGGCAGAGAUACGCAUGGCAGUCGUGGGAAAUGUCGACGCUGGCAAGAGUACCAUGCUUGGAGUACUUGUGAAGGGGGGACUAGAUGAUGGGAGAGGGAAAGCUCGGGUGAAUCUCUUCCGCCACAAGCAUGAAAUUGAGAGUGGCCGGACCAGCUCUGUGGGCUUGGAGAUCAUGGGAUUUGAUGGCCAUGGAGAGAUAGUGAGCAGCUCACAAGGACGCAAGCUUUCUUGGGAGGAGGUGGGGAAACGGUCUGCUAAGGUUAUCUCGUUCUCUGAUCUGGCGGGUCACGAGCGCUACCUGCGAACGACCGUCUUCGGCAUGUUGAGCAGCAAUCCUAACUACUGUCUCCUAAUGGUUGCAGCCAAUAACGGCCUUAUCGGGAUGAGUAAAGAGCACCUGGGAAUUGCCCUGGCUCUGAAUGUGCCCGUUAUGGUCAUCAUCACCAAGAUCGAUAUAUGCCCUCCACAUAUCUUGCAGGAGACUAUUUCCCAGUUGACCAAGAUCCUCAAGUCUCCUGGCGCUAGGAAGAUUCCCAUAUUUGUCAAGAAUAUGGAAGAAACCAUCAAUACUGCAGGGCAAUUUGUUUCUCAACGGAUAUGUCCCAUUUUCCAAGUCUCUAACGUCACUGGAGAGAAUUUGGAACUUGUCCGGACAUUCCUGAAUAUCCUUCCCUACCGCGGGCAUUAUAAUCCUGAUGCGCCUUUCGAAUUUUUGAUCAACGACACGUUCUCUGUUCCUCAUGUCGGCACAGUCGUGUCUGGAGUGGCAAAAUCUGGGGUGAUUCAUGCUGGUGAUACCGUGCUUGUCGGCCCUGACUCUCUCGGUCAAUUUACAACGACUACGAUCAAGUCUAUUGAACGAAAGCGUAUCCAAGUAAAUGCUUGUUUUGCUGGACAAUCUGGAUCAUUUGCACUGAAGCGUGUCCGGCGGAAGGAAGUCCGGAAAGGCAUGGUUGUGCUCAAGAAAUUGGAUCAACCCCCCAAGGUUUUCCGGGAGUUCGUUGCAGAAGUUCUCAUUCUGUCGCAUGCGACGACUAUCAAGCCUCGGUAUCAGGCAAUGCUUCAUGUCGGGGCAGUGAGCCAAACCUGCUCCGUCAUCGAUAUCGAUCGCCCUUUCAUCAGGACCGGUGACCGUGCCCAGGUUGCGUUCCGCUUCAUGCAGCGACCUGAGUUUCUCGCUCCUGGGGAUAGAGUGCUGUUCCGAGAGGGAAAGACCAAGGGACUAGGAAUUGUAAAAAGUGUCGGAUAUGACCCAAGCAAUCCAUUGAACGCCGAGGUGAGGAAGGAGUAUGAGCGGAAAGAAAAGCGUUGA